AUGAGAAGCUGGAGGACAUCCAUGCCAGGUUGUCCUUGUGUGAGAAGGCCUUGGCCGAAUAUCUGGAUACCAAACGUCUGGCUUUCCCGAGGUUCUACUUCAUAUCAUCAGCUGACCUUUUGGACAUCCUUUCCAAUGGCACCAACCCUCAAAUUGUCAUGCGUCAUCUCUCCAAAUUGUUCGACAACAUGGCCAAGAUGCAGUUCAAGGACGGCGAAUCGAAGAGCGCGCUGGGCAUGUACAGCAAGGAGGACGAAUACGUCACGUUCAACGGGCCCUGUGACUGCAGCGGCCAGGUGGAAAUCUGGCUGAACCGCGUCCUGGACAGUAUGAGAGACACCGUACGGCACGAGAUGACGGAGGCCGUCACGGCGUAUGAAGAGAAGCCGAGAGAACAGUGGUUGUUUGACUACCCCGCCCAGGUCGCCCUCACCUGCACUCAGAUCUGGUGGACCACCGAGGUCGGCAUCUCCUUCACCCGGCUAGAAGAAGGCUAUGAGAACGCCAUGAAGGAGUACUUCAAGAAGCAGGUCGGCCAGCUGAACACACUCAUCACCAUGCUGAUUGGGCAGCUCUCCAAGGGAGACCGGCAGAAGAUCAUGACCAUCUGUACCAUCGAUGUGCACGCCCGAGAUGUCGUCUCCAAGAUGAUCCAGCAGAAGGUGGACAAUGUCCAAGCCUUUGUGUGGCUGUCUCAGCUGCGACACCGCUGGGACGACGACAAGAAGCAUUGCUUCGCCAACAUCUGCGACGCUCAGUUCCGCUACUCCUACGAAUAUCUUGGCAACACUCCUCGGCUGGUUAUCACGCCUCUAACAGAUAGGUGUUACAUCACCCUGACCCAGUCCCUCCACCUCACCAUGAGUGGAGCCCCUGCUGGACCAGCCGGCACCGGAAAGACUGAAACCACCAAGGACUUGGGCCGAGCCCUUGGAAUUAUGGUGUACGUCUUCAACUGCUCUGAACAAAUGGACUACAAGUCUUGCGGAAGCAUCUACAAGGGCCUGUCGCAGACCGGAGCCUGGGGCUGCUUUGAUGAGUUUAAUCGGAUCUCUGUGGAAGUCUUGUCUGUGGUGGCUGUGCAGGUGAAAAGCAUUCAGGAUGCCAUCAGAGACAAGAAAAAGAGGUUUAACUUUCUUGGCGAGGAGAUUAAUCUGAUUCCAUCAGUUGGGAUUUUCAUCACCAUGAACCCGGGGUACGCCGGCCGCACGGAGCUUCCAGAAAAUCUCAAGGCGCUGUUUAGGCCGUGCGCUAUGGUGGUCCCUGACUUCGAGCUGAUCUGUGAGAUUAUGUUGGUGGCCGAGGGCUUUAUUGAAGCCAGGCUGUUGGCCAGGAAGUUCAUCACCCUCUACCAGUUGUGUAAGGAGCUUCUAUCCAAACAGGACCAUUACGACUGGGGCUUGAGAGCCAUUAAAUCUGUCUUGGUGGUAGCUGGUUCUCUGAAGAGAGGAGACCCGGAUCGCCCAGAAGACCAGGUCCUUAUGAGGGCCCUGCGAGAUUUCAACAUUCCCAAGAUAGUGACGGAUGACAUGCCCGUGUUCAUGGGUCUCAUCGGAGACUUGUUCCCGGCCCUGGAUGUUCCCCGGAAGAGGGAUAUGGACUUUGAGAAGUUUGUGAAGCAGGCUGUAUUGGACCUGAAACUUCAAGCUGAAGAUAACUUUGUUCUGAAGGUGGUCCAGUUGGAAGAGCUGUUGGCUGUCCGGCAUUCUGUGUUCAUCGUUGGUAAUGCUGGCACUGGGAAGUCUCAAGUGCUGAAGUCUCUGAACAAGACCUACCAGAUCAUGAAGAGACGUCCCGUAUGGACUGACCUGAACCCUAAAGCGGUCACCAACGAUGAGUUGUUUGGCAUCAUUAAUCCAUCUACCCGGGAGUGGAAGGAUGGGCUGUUUUCCUCAAUCAUGCGUGAACUGGCAAACGUAACACAUGAUGGGCCCAAGUGGAUAGUUCUUGAUGGAGAUAUUGAUCCGAUGUGGAUUGAGUCCUUGAAUACCGUCAUGGAUGAUAAUAAGGUUUUAACCCUGGCUAGCAAUGAGCGUAUCCCUCUGAAUCCCACCAUGAGGCUGGUGUUUGAGAUCAGCCACCUGAGGACAGCAACCCCUGCCACCGUGUCCAGAGCCGGUAUUUUAUACAUCAACCCGGCAGACCUGGGCUGGAACCCGCCAGUCACCAGCUGGAUUGACAAGCGGGAAGUUCAGUCCGAGAGAGCCAACCUGACCAUCCUCUUCGACAAGUACCUGCCUCUGUGCCUGGACACGCUCAGGACCAGGUUCAAGAAGAUCAUCCCCAUCCCAGAGCAGAGCAUUGUGCAGAUGUUGUGUUAUCUUCUGGAAUGUCUCCUGACCAAGGAUAACACCCCACCCGACUGUCCCAAAGAACUGUAUGAGCUCUACUUUGUGUUUGCUGCUGUCUGGGCAUUUGGUGGAGCCAUGUUCCAGGAUCAGCUGGUCGACUACAGAGUAGAAUUCAGUAAAUGGUGGGUGACGGAGUUCAAGACCAUCAAGUUCCCAUCCCAGGGCACUGUCUUCGACUAUUACAUCGACACCGAGACCAAGAAGUUCGAGCCGUGGUCCAAACUCAUCCCGAAGUUUGACUUUGAUCCGGAAAUGCCUCUCCAGGCCUGUUUGGUGCACACCACCGAGACCAUCCGAGUCCGUUACUUCAUGGACAAACUGUUGGAGAAGAAGAGGCCGGUCAUGUUGGUGGGGAACGCUGGGACUGGGAAGUCUGUGCUGGUUGGCGAGAAGUUGUCUUCUCUGGAUCCUGAUGAGUACUUGAUCAAGAAUGUCCCCUUCAACUACUACACCACGUCCGCCAUGCUGCAAGCUGUUCUGGAGAAACCUUUAGAGAAGAAAUCAGGACGGAAUUAUGGUCCUCCGGGCACCAGGAGGCUCAUCUACUUCAUAGACGAUAUGAACAUGCCAGAGGUGGACACGUAUGGCACGGUGCAGCCACACACACUCAUCCGUCAACACAUGGACUAUGGACACUGGUACGAUCGGACCAAGCUGACCAUGAAAGAGAUCAUGAAUGUGCAAUAUGUCUCUUGUAUGAAUCCUACCGCUGGCAGCUUCACCAUCAACCCCCGUCUACAGAGACAUUUCAGUGUGUUUGCCUUGUCCUUCCCUGGCAUGGAUGCCCUGUCCACCAUCUACAGCACCAUCCUGACUCAGCAUCUGAAAGUGGGCAACUUCCCAACUCCUCUCCAGAAGACCACCCAGCAACUCAUCAACCUGGCCCUGUCGCUUCAUCAGAAGAUCACCUCCACUUUUCUGCCCACCGCUAUCAAAUUCCACUACAUCUUCAACCUCCGUGACCUCUCCAACAUUUUCCAGGGCAUCCUCUUCUCUACGCCGGACUGCUUGAAAACUCCACAAGACUUGGUGAAGCUCUACCUCCACGAAUCUAACCGCGUCUACCGGGACAAGAUGGUGGAAGAGAAGGACUUUGAGAUAUUUGAUAAGAUCCAGGUGGACAUGGUGAAGAAGUUUUAUGAUGACAUAGAUGAAACACUGGAACAAGCAAGAACGCUGAACAUGUUCUGCCAUUUUGCAAAUGGAGUCGGUGAGCCAAAAUAUAUGCCGGUCGAGUCAUGGCAGUCAUUAAACAAGAUCUUGGUACACACCCUGGACAAUCACAAUGAGGUCAACGCUGCGAUGAGCUUGGUUCUGUUUGAGGAUGCCAUGUGUCACAUCUGCCGAAUCAACCGUAUCUUGGAGUCGCCCCGGGGGAACGCGCUGCUGGUCGGAGUGGGCGGAAGUGGCAAGCAGAGUCUGACGAGGCUGGCAGCGUACAUUAGCUCCUUGGAAGUCUUUCAGAUCACGCUGAGAAAGGGCUACGGCAUCCCGGAUCUCAAGGUCGAUCUGGCAAACCAGUACAUCAAGGCUGGGGUGAAGAACAUUGGCACGGUGUUCCUCCUGACAGACGCUCAGGUGGCGGAUGAGAAGUUCCUGGUGCUGGUCAAUGAUUUGCUGGCCUCAGGUGAAAUCCCGGACUUGUUUCCCGAUGACGAGGUGGAGAACAUUAUCAGCAGUGUGAGGAAUGAAGUGAAGGGCCAAGGGAUGAUGGACACCAGAGAGAACUGCUGGAAAUUCUUCAUCGACAGAGUCCGCCGACAGCUCAAGGUCGCUUUGUGUUUCUCUCCCGUCGGAAACAAGUUGCGAGUCCGGAGCAGAAAAUUCCCAGCUGUGGUCAAUUGUACAGCAAUAGAUUGGUUCCAUGAGUGGCCACAGGAGGCGCUGGAGUCUGUCAGUCUCAGAUUCCUCCAGGAAACUGAGAAUAUUGAGCCUUCAGUUAAAGACUCUAUAAGUAAAUUUAUGGCCUACGUGCACACAAGCGUCAACGAGAUGUCCAAAAGCUACCUGAGCAAUGAGCGCCGCUACAAUUACACCACGCCUAAGUCCUUCCUGGAGCAGAUCAAGUUGUAUCAGAACCUUCUAUCCCAGAAAGGCAAAGAGCUGGCGGCCAAGAUGGAGCGCCUGGAAAACGGACUUGAGAAGCUAAACAGCACAUCAGCCCAGGUGGAUGAUCUGAAAGCUAAACUAGCAGCGCAAGAGGUGGAGCUAAAUCAGAAGAAUGAGGAUGCUGAUAAGCUCAUCCAGGUGGUCGGGGUGGAGACAGAAAAAGUGGGCAAGGAGAAAGCCAUAGCGGACGACGAAGAGAAGAAGGUUGCUGUGAUCGCAGAGGAAGUCGGAAGGAAGCAGAAGGAGUGUGAAACGGACCUGGCCAAAGCAGAACCAGCUUUAAUAGCGGCUCAGGAGGCUCUGAACACCCUGAAUAAGACCAACCUGACUGAACUGAAGUCAUUUGGCACUCCACCCUCAGCCGUCACCAAUGUCACUGCAGCUGUUAUGGUCCUUACAGCCCCAGGAGGAAAGAUUCCAAAGGACAGGAGCUGGAAGCAGGCCAGGGUGGUCAUGGGAAAAGUCGACGGCUUCCUGGACUCUCUCAUCAACUUCAAUAAAGAGAAUAUUCAUGAAAACUGCAUUAAAGCCAUUCAGCCAUACAUGCAGGACCAAGAGUUUAACCCAGAGUUUAUUGCCUCCAAAUCCUUGGCUGCCUCCGGCCUGUGCUCCUGGGUCGUCAACAUCGUCAAGUUCUAUGAAGUCUUCUGUGAGGUGGAGCCAAAACGCCAGGCCUUAAACAAAGCCAAUGCGGAGCUGGCAGCUGCAGAAGAUAAGCUGGCCACUAUCAAGGUCAAAAUUGCUCAACUGAAUGAAAACCUGGCAAAACUGACAGCGAAGUUCGAGAAAGCCACGGCAGACAAGCUAAAAUGUCAACAGGAAGCCGACGCUACCGCCAUGACCAUCAACCUGGCCAACCGCCUGGUCGGAGGCCUUGCAUCAGAAAACGUCCGAUGGGGAGAGUCGGUGAGGAAUUUCAAGCUGCAGGAGAGCACGCUGUGCGGAGACGUCCUGCUCAUCACCGCCUUCGUUUCUUAUCUCGGCUACUUCACCAAGAAGUACAGACAGGACCUCAUGGAUAAAACCUGGAAACCUUACCUGGGAGAGCUGAAAGUCCCCAUACCGGUAACCCCAUCUUUGGACCCCCUAACCAUGCUGACUGAUGAUGCAGAUGUGGCAGUUUGGCAGAAUGAGGGUCUUCCGGCUGACCGCAUGUCUACAGAGAAUGCCACUAUCCUGACCAGCUGUGAGCGUUGGCCUCUGAUGGUGGAUCCACAACUCCAAGGCAUCAAGUGGAUCAAGAAUAAAUAUGGGGAAAAUCUUCGAGUUAUCCGCAUCGGGCAGCGAGGUUACCUGGAUACUCUAGAGAGAGCCCUGGGCGGGGGAGACGUGGUCCUUAUUGAGAACCUGGAGGAGAACGUGGAUCCCGUCCUGGGACCCUUACUGGGCCGAGAGACCAUCAAGAAAGGAAGGUACAUCAAGAUUGGGGACAAGGAGUGCGAGUACAGUCCCAGCUUCCGCCUCAUCCUGCACACCAAGCUGGCCAAUCCCCAUUACCAGCCGGAGAUGCAGGCGCAAUGCACGCUCAUCAACUUCACUGUCACCCGCGACGGCCUGGAGGACCAGCUACUGGCGGCUGUGGUCAGCAUGGAGCGACCCGACCUGGAAGAGCUUAAGUCCAACCUGACCAAGGAGCAGAACGGCUUCAAGAUCACCCUGAAGACCCUGGAAGACAACCUUCUGUCCCGUCUGUCUUCCGCCUCCGGGAACUUUCUGGGGGACACCGAGCUGGUGGAAAACCUGGAGAUCACCAAGAAGACAGCAGCAGAAAUUGAAGAGAAGGUCGGAGAAGCCAAAGUGACGGAAGUGAAGCUGAACGAGGCGCGGGAACACUAUCGCCUGGCCGCUGCCCGCGCCUCCCUCCUCUACUUCAUAAUGAACGACCUCAAUAAGAUCCAUCCCAUGUAUCAGUUUUCUCUGAAGGCGUUCAGCGUAGUCUUCCAGCAGGCCGUACAGAAGGCACCGGCAGACGAGGUCCUUAAACAGCGCGUGGCAAAUCUCAUAGACAGCAUCACAUUCUCCGUGUUCCAGUACACAACGCGGGGGCUGUUCGAGUGCGACAAGUUAACAUACAUUGCACAGCUGGCCUUCCAGAUCCUGCUGAUGAAUAAAGAGAUCAACCCAACCGAAUUGGACUUCCUUCUGCGCUACCCUGCCCAGCCCGGCCUCACCAGCCCAGUGGACUUCCUUUCCCACCAGUCCUGGGGCGGAAUCAAGGCUCUCUCGGCCAUGGAUGAGUUUAGGAGCCUGGACCGAGACAUUGAAGGGUCGGCCAAGCGCUGGAAGAAGUUUGUGGAGUCGGAAUGUCCCGAGAAGGAGAAGUUCCCUCAGGAGUGGAAGAGCAAGACGGCUCUCCAGAGACUGUGCAUGAUGAGGGCUAUUCGUCCCGACCGCAUGACCUACGCCGUCAGGGACUUUGUAGAGGAGAAGUUGGGCAGUAAAUAUGUCAUUGGGCGUUCUCUGGACUUUGCCACCUCAUUUGAAGAGUCUGGACCAGCCAUUCCCAUGUUCUUCAUCCUGUCGCCCGGGGUGGACCCUCUAAAAGAUGUGGAGAAACAAGGGAGGAAGCUGGGCUACACAUUUGACAACAAAAAUCUGCAUAAUGUCUCGCUGGGACAGGGACAGGAGAUUGUGGCUGAACAGGCUCUGGAUCUGGCAGCCAAAGAAGGACACUGGGUGAUCCUACAGAACAUCCAUCUGGUGGCCAAGUGGCUGAGCACCCUGGAGAAGAAACUGGAACAUCACAGUGAAGGCAGUCACCAGGAGUUCCGGGUCUUCAUCAGCGCAGAGCCGGCCCCUUCGCCCGAUGGGCACAUCAUUCCGCAAGGUAUCCUAGAGAACUCCAUCAAGAUCACCAAUGAGCCACCUACAGGCAUGCACGCCAACCUACACAAAGCCCUGGAUAACUUCACUCAGGACACUCUGGAGAUGUGCGCCCGGGAGACGGAGUUCAAAAGCAUCCUGUUCGCUCUCUGUUACUUCCACGCCGUGGUGGCAGAGAGGAGGAAGUUUGGGCCUCAGGGCUGGAACCGCUCCUAUCCCUUCAACACCGGAGAUCUCACCAUCUCAGUCAACGUUCUGUACAACUACCUGGAGGCCAAUGCCAAGGUCCCCUAUGAUGACUUGCGCUAUCUAUUUGGCGAGAUCAUGUACGGCGGUCACAUCACGGAUGACUGGGAUCGGCGUCUCUGCCGGACAUAUCUGGAAGAAUACAUCAAGCCGGAGAUGCUUGAGGGAGAGCUGUUCCUCGCCCCGGGAUUCCCAGUGCCUGGAAACAUGGACUAUAACGGUUACCAUCAGUACAUCGAUGACGUUCUACCGGCCGAGUCUCCUUACCUGUAUGGCCUGCACCCCAAUGCCGAGAUCGGCUUUCUGACCCAGACAUCAGAGAAACUGUUCCGCACAGUGCUAGAGAUGCAGCCUCGGGACAGCAGCAUGGGUGACGGUGGAGGCGUCACGCGGGAAGAGAAGGUAAAAGCCACACUGGACGAAAUUCUGGAGAAGCUCCCAGAAGAGUUUAAUCUCUCCGAACUCAUGGCCAAGGCGGAGGAGAGGACACCGUACAUUGUAGUGGCCUUCCAGGAGUGUGAGCGGAUGAACAUGCUGACCAGUGAGAUCAAACGGUCACUCAAAGGGCUCAAACUGGGACUCAAGGGUGAGCUGACCAUGACCAGCGACAUGGAGAAUUUACAAAACGCCAUCUACAUGGAUCAAGUGCCUGAAUCUUGGACCAAGAGAGCCUACCCCUCCAUGGCCGGCCUGGCGGGCUGGUUUGUGGACCUCCUCAGCCGUAUCAAAGAGCUGGAGACCUGGACCGGCGACUUUGCUCUGCCAUCCGCUGUGUGGCUUGCCGGAUUCUUCAACCCGCAGUCCUUCCUGACCGCCAUCAUGCAGUCCAUGGCCCGAAAGAACGAGUGGCCUCUGGAUAAGAUGACAUUGCAGUGCGACGUGACCAAGAAGAACAAAGAGGACUUUAGCAGCCCGCCACGAGAGGGAGCCUACGUCCACGGACUGUUCAUGGAGGGAGCGCGCUGGGACACCCAGACCGGAAUUAUCACCGACGCCAGGCUGAAGGAACUGACCCCCGCCAUGCCCGUCAUCUUCAUCAAGGCCAUUCCGGUGGACAAACAAGACACCCGCAAUGUCUACGCUUGUCCCGUAUAUAAAACCCGCCAGAGGGGGCCAACCUACGUCUGGACAUUCAACCUCAAGACCAAGGAGAACCCGUCUAAGUGGGUGCUGGGUGGGGUGGCUCUACUGCUACAGAUCUAAACAAUGGGAGCAAGUAUUGCUUUAUGCAGCCCGGCAAAC